GCAAUCGAAAUCCUGCCUUUUCAUCGAUCUCAUGCAAGAAUUUUUCUUCCAAAUUGCUGUGGUUAGGAAAUAAGAACUUGUUCAAAAAAAUUGGUUCGUUUUUUUUAUUAGAAAUGCGGACAAAUUCAAGUCAACAUCAACAAAGUCAAAGCUUUCAUGGGAAGCUUAUGUUUUCUGUUUACUCAUCAGCGUCCCUGGCAAUCUUUCAGUAUGAAAAACACACCUUAAAUACGCCUAUUCUACUUCAAGGCAAUCAAUCCACUCCAAAAAUGGUAAACACCAGAGCCAAAGUCCAAAAGAUCCAGAACACCAUGAAGCUCUGCUUCAUGGAAGCUGCCAUGGCGGAUUCCACUCAACUGACGACUCAGUCUGGAGCUCUGAUCGGUUCCAACGAUGAACUUUUAAUUGAAAUCCUUCGCCGGCUUCCAGUUACCUCUGUUCUUCGAUUCAAAUCUGUAUCCAAACACUGGCGUUCCCUUUUGAGUCACCGGCGUUUUACCCUACUGUAUAAAAAUGCUUCCUCUGGCCUUUUUGUUCGCAAUUUGUAUAUUCCAUUUAAUAAUGAAGACCGAAGCACUCCUCCUUUUCGUAAGCUCGACUUCUAUCAUGAUCCUAGUGGUAUUACAAUCGUUCAGUCUUGUAAUGGAUUGCUGCUUUGCUGUAGCGAUCGGGGGCAUGUACGUGCUCGUAGAUAUUACAUAUUCAAUCCCACAACCAAGCAAUUUUCCCUCCUCCCAUCGGUUCCCGGAGGCAUGGAUGUUCGUAAAACCAUCCGUUUUAUGGGUCUGGCAUUUCAUCAAACAGAUUGUGUUCACUACAAAGUUGUUUGCUUUCAUCGUGCUAAACCUGAUGAGUAUCUGUUUGCUAAACCUGAUGAGGAUCUGUUUCGGAUUCAAAUCUACUCAUCUGAGACAGGGAAAUGGAAGAUUUCAGAUCAAUCUUUCUCUGCGCCUUAUUAUACGAGCUUCAGCUCUGGAGUUUAUUUGAAUCACGCGCUUUACUGGGCUCCCACCUGUGUUAGUCCAUCGUACUUUAAGCUCGACACAGAAGAGAUACAAUCGCUGCCAUUGCCGAUGGCGGUGGCAUCUUUUGGAGGUUAUCGAGACGGAGCAAUGCCCCUUUACUUUGGGGAGUCACAAGGCCAUCUACAUUUGGGGGAGAGGGUCGAUCGCUUUGAGAGUCAUUUACAGCUGAAUGUGUAUGAGAUGUUGAACGAUCAUUCUGGGUGGUUUCUCAAGUAUGGAGUGGAGCUUGAUGAGGUUCCGAUUGCGUACCCGGAGAUGAUCCAUAGCUACUUAGAUCCAUCGAGCCCGCAUUAUUACAAAUUCGAAUUUUUUGAUGUGGUUAGGGGUGAAGAAGAAGAAGAAAUGUUCAUUGUGAUCAAGAUUCCAGGAAAGAUUAUAAGGUACAACGUUGUGGACAAGAGUUUCAAGGCGAUAUUUGAUCUUAAUCAUCUGUACGCCAUUUCCUAUGGACGAAUCGGUCACUCGGAAGUUCAUCGCUAUAUCGAAACCUUGGCUUCUUUCUGACAUAGGAAAGCUUAUAGGUGUUAUUAUAUAGAAAAAGUAUUUUAGUAUGGUAAAUGUUAUACGUGUAUUGUUAUUAUAGCUAAUAAAUAAAAAACAUAUAUGUAAAAAAUAUAAAUACGUUGUUAUUAGGAAAUAUAUACAGUGCACUUGUUUA